UCUAUAAUUGCCAGUUGGUCGAUCGACGUACGUUUGGUGGAAAACGCUUCCGGUUUUCAUACCACGAACGAGGGAUACUCGCAGAGGGCCGCGGGAGCCGACGUUUGAAGACCAUGACCGCGAUCGCGUCCAAUCUCAUGGGCAUCCUCGGAUUCUCGCUUCUGUUACACCUCAGCGUUAGCCUGGCGCUGUUGGUCUUCGUGGUGCCGGUCUUCCUUCUCGUUUAUCCGGUGUCGACGUGGUCGAGAAAGGGUUGGAUACGUUUCGUGAAAUGGAAAUAUCCGAACGUCGUCGUCGUGGAGGAGAACAACAUACGAACGAUUUUGGAUCAAUUUCGGAAUCACGGCAUUUAUACUUUGAUGAUUCAAGGCCGUUCGAUCGCGGAAGGUAUUCGAAGCCAUUUAAUGCAUUUGACUUCGACCAGGAGAUUCCUGCGGGCAGGCUUGUCCACAAGAUGGGGUCUCUACGUGUGGAGGGAUCUCGAUUAUUUCUCGGUGGAGAACCACCUGUUAAAUUCACCGUGCUCUUUCAGAGGUCGACCUAUCACAGAGUUAAACAUACAGGACUACGUCAGCGACAUCACGUCGAAAUUCUUUCCACCGGGGCAACCACCGUGGCAGGUGCACGUGAUAAAUUGUUUUCUACGCGGAGAAGAGAGCCAAGUCUGUUUGGUAAGGGUGCAUCAUCUACUUUUACGACAAGAGCAUUUAGGGCUGGCCGACUUCCUUCCGUUGAAGUACGCCACCGAAGGUUGGACGUGCCAAGAACCAGAGUCGCCAUUCACUAACCUCUACGCCGAGCCGUCUGCCCUUCCGAAGCUCUAUCAGAAGCUCACGGAGAACUUCAGCAAUUACUGGAACGAGUUUCUCUACAACAACGAUCCAACCGAACGACCAGAGAUCCUGAAAAAACAGAUCGAUAUAUUUCAGUGCGUAAAAAUCGGUGUGAUCGUUCUGGUCUCCUCGGUGAAGGAACUGACAAGACAGUACCGAAAAGGUGAGCGAUCUAGGAUCUACAAUAUCUUCCCGAUCCUCCAACGAGAAGCCUUCAAAAGAAACUUUGGGCUCGUCGUCUGUUUUCGCGGUCUUUUGAUGUCCAUGAACCCUAUGGACGUGUUCUACGGCGGCGUUCUCUGGUUAUGGUACCUGACAGUGACGUUGACCUUGAAAACGCCGAUACUGAUGCUACGGGAAAUGCGGGCCCUGAGGUCGCGUCACAAGCACUAUUAUCCGGAUACGUUCACGUCCAUGCUGUGGUAUUAUCUUCCGCUGGUGCUGCAGGCCAGCCUGGAAGCGUUCACCAUCACCUGGACGGGGAUAAAAGCGCCUAAAGUAAUCCUGGAGGAGCUGUUCCUGAAGCAUCCGCAGUCGAAUCGUUUGCAGACCACGUCGCCAUGCGGACGAAAGGUGGUCGCGUGGUCGGAGGAGGUCGAGCUCGAGGUACUUCGGAAGAUAUCGAACAUGACCGGGGCGACCGAGGCGGAGAUUUUGUUGACGGCCACGGUGGACGCUCUCAAGGAGUACUUCCGGCAUUCCGGUGUCCGGAUACCAGACAGCGUGCUCGCCACUGGCAAGUUCACCAAACAAAGAGCGAUAUUUGUACCGAACCACGAAGCUAGAGGUAUCAUCUGCCUGGCGCUACCCACAAGGACGCCAUUGUUCGAAGACGAUCUGGUCGAAAUGUUGCAGGUAAUUCAGACGAAUAUACGAGAGGCGAGAUCGAAGCAACGCGCGAUAUACGCCAUCACAGCAACGGAAGCGUCCUCCGGAUUAAUUUCUUCUUGCUUACCCUCCCUUCUGCUCAAAGUGGCGCUAAAACAGCUUACUAGAAGGUACUCUUUGUCCUUGACUCACGUAGACGGAGAUCUAAUCGUCGAAGGUGUCGACGCGGUGAUGUAUUGGAGACCACCACAAGGGAACUGUAACAUGUCGAUCACUCUGCACAGGUACGGGACCGGCGUACGUUUGGGAGUUAUGGGCGACGCGUUGAUCGGUCCCGAGCAUUCUGUGAUUACGAGGACCUUUCCCAAAAGCGUGGAGAAUCUUGCCAAAGUGGUUGGCGUGCCCAGAACGUCGAGUCGAAAUUCGACUCCGAGUCCGAUCAGCCCGAGCACGUCGCCGGGAUACUAAAAGCGCCUCGUGUCUGGUUUCUCGCGAGGAAAGCCUCAUUGUUUUCUAAGAAAUUUAAGGGAACGACCGAUCCGAGAAGAGGAUGCAUCAGACGUUGUAGCACCUUUAAACUAUGUUCAUAUUUAUAUUAAUUAUUUCCACG